AUGACACUGUGGUCCUGGAAAACCCAGCCAAAUUCGCAUGCGCAACGCAAGUUCAUCGAACUUAUAUUCGAUCGAACUGGAAAGUAUGCCAACUGGGACCCACUUCCGAAAUUCAGGAUUGACAAGCAUACAGGGAACUUGUCCGUCGAAGGCAACAUCUACUCAGAUGACUUCAAGCAGCUUCUCGUCGAUGCAGGGAUCAACCCUGAAUCUGAUGAGCAUCAUGCCAAAGACUGUCCGGAUGAGUCUGAAUUCAAGACUUGGUCUAAGAACGUCAAAUGCAUCGACAUGAACCUCAGCUCUCAUGCAGGCGUCCCUGAGAUUUCUGCGGCAAGUAUCAAAGGGACAUGGCAGGUUAAGAAAGGCGCCACUGGCGCUGUCUUGCUCAUGAAUAACCCUCGCAUCAAACACAUUACGUCCGACGCCCUCGGGAAGCUCGCGCGCAUCAAACUUCUUCAGUCCAUGCAUCUCGUGACAAAGGUGUUUUAUUGUCCUGCUUUCUCCUUGUACCUCUCAGAUACAAGUGCAGGCGGCGAAAAGAUCAGUAUGGCUCUUGUGGCUUCGGCGCCCAUUGUGGAACCCAUUGGUGCUCUUGAAGCAAAGGCUUCGAUGAAAUGGUGGAGUGAUACUCAGACUGGAUUAGCACGCCACGGAUGCAAUACGGAGCAUUGCUUCACCCCCCCUGCGGGCAUCUCCAUCCCCAGAACGCACAGGCGAACAGUUCUAACCGAGGGACGUGCUAGGUGGAUCCCUGCUCCCGUUCCGUGGGCGCCUCUCCGCGAGGAUGGCUCAGAGGUGCCAAUAUACGUCAAUUAUAAUCUGCAUCAGGGUUCAUCUCGAUGCAAUGCUGCCGCGGCGCAUGUGCAACCCAAUCUCCCUCGACCACCAGAGAAUUGCAUUGCUAUAGCGAUGUGGAUAUCCUCAUUUGACAUUGGGGCUUGGCUCAUUGGAAAUGGCAGUAUAAGAAACUAA